AUGACCAUCAGUUCUGCCACUUGCAUCAGAAACGAGUGCCUCACGGUGCGUGGCAAGGCUAUUCUUACUCAUGUCCCGAGUAACAUUACCAUUACACCCCUCACAAGUGAAGGAGCUUUUGUUGGUGCAACUUCACAAACUCCAAGCAGUCGCCAUACGUUCAGCCUUGGAUUUCUCAAGGGGUUCAGGUUAACAUGUAUAUUCAGAUUCAAAGUCUGGUGGAUGAUACCAGGAUAUGGAGAUUCAGGUCGUGAUGUGCCAACAGAAACUCAAAUGCUUCUUGUGGAAGCAAGAGAUAAGUCCAUCAUUCAAGAAAAAAUUUGCGAGCCAAUAUCAGAAGGAACUUUCUUUAUUCUCUUCUUGCCUAUUUUGGAUGGGCAGUUCAGGACCAGUUUGCAAGGAACAAUCAUAGAUGAGCUUGAGUUCUGCAUUGAAAGUGGUGAUUCCAAUGUGGAAACCACCAAGGUAACAGAAGCAGUUUAUGUGAAUUCAGGGGACAACCCGUUUAAGCUGAUAAGAAACUCCAUGAAGAUACUGGAGAAGCACAAAGGAACAUUUAGGCUCGUAGAUGACAAAGAGUUGCCAGCACAUGUAGACUGGUUUGGAUGGAACACCUGGGAUGCAUUUUAUACCAAUGUCAGUGCACAAGGAAUUGAUGAAGGUCUUAAAAGGUUCUCAGAAGGAGGCUGUCUCCCAAAAUGGGUAUGCAUUGAUGAUGGAUGGCAAAUUACAACAUCAGAAAACAGUGAAGUACCACUUGAAAAAGAAAAGUUCAGAGCCAGACUACAAAGUCUAAAGGAAAAUCCCAAGUUCAAGGACUCAGAAAAGGGUUAUGUUGAUCUGCAUCAGUUUAUCAGAACCAUCAAACAUAAAUACGGGCUAAAAUAUGUAUAUGCUUGGCAUGCCUUACUCGGGUACUGGGCCGGAGUAGAUCCUUCAUCUGAUGAAAUGAGAAAAUACAACCCCAAGAUUGCUUCCGUAGUUCAGUCCCCUGGCAACCUAAGCCAUGUUGUGUGUGAAGUUGUUAAAAUGAUUGAAACAGUGGGAGUGGGACUGAUUGAUCCCUUGAAAAUCGACGAGUUUUAUAAUGAUCUCCAUGCUUACCUUGCAAGUUGUGGUGUUGAUGGGGUGAAGGUUGAUGUUCAGUGCAUACUGGAAACACUUGGUUCUGGUUAUGGAGGGAGGGUGUCACUGACUACACGUUUUCAAGAAGCUUUGGAGGAAUCAGUUGUGAAGAACUUUGGAAGCUGCAACCUUAUUUGCUCAAUGAGUACAAACAAUGAUUAUAUAUUCAGGUCAAAGAGAAGUGCUGCUGCUAGAGCUUCUGAAGAUUUUAUGCCAAAUGAACCAACAUUUCAGACUCUACAUGUAGCUGCUGUGGCAUUCAACAGUCUUUUGCUAGGGGAGAUUGUUAUUCCUGAUUGGGAUAUGUUUUAUAGUACACAUUACACAGCAGAAUUUCAUGCAGCAGCAAGAGCACUGGGUGGUGGUCCAAUAUAUGUUAGUGACAAGCCUGGUCAGCAUAAUGUGAACAUUAUCAGAAAGCUUGUAUUACCUGAUGGGUCGAUUCUAAGAGCAAAAUUUGCUGGUCGUCCCACUCGUGACUGUUUAUUUGAUGACCCAGUUAUGGAUGGGAAAAGUCUACUCAAGAUUUGGAACUUGAACAAGCUUUCUGGGAUAGUUGGUAUAUUCAAUUGCCAAAGAGCUGGAAAAUGGCCUCCCACACCAGGUGCUGCAGUAUCAGACCCAGCUUGGGAAUCUGUAUCCCUUACAGGUUCAAUUAGUGCAGAAGAUGUUGAUUCACUUCAGGAGAUUGCUGGUGAGGAUUGGAAUGGAGACUCUGCAGUUUAUGCUUUCAACUCAGGAAAGCUUACUAAACUUCCCAAGGGGAGAAUUAUUGAAGUCUCCUUGGGAGUUCUAAAAUGUGAGGUCUUCACCAUUUCUCCUAUUAGGGUUUUUGGUGCAAAACUAGAAUUUGCUCCAAUUCGGUUGCUUGACAUGUUCAACUCAGGAGGAGCAACUGAAGCUAUUUGUAGUUGUCAAAACAAAAGUGGACGUGUUGUGAUGAUCCAAGUACGAGGGUGUGGUCGUUUUGGAGCCUACUCAAACACUAAACCAAGCAAUUGUGUAAUUGACAAAGCAGAGGUCAAGUUCACAUACCAUGAGAGCUAUGGACUACUAACCUUUGAGCUUCAAGGUGAAUGCAAAAUAAGAGAAGUUGAGGUUGUUUAUCAAAAUUUUGAUGUUACAUGCUCUCACUCUGAGGACCUUAGUGUUUCCUCCAUUAGUCUUUGA